AUGCAAGCAGGAUUCAGUUUACUUGAGGCUGGUAUGGUACGAGCAAAGAACACAAAGAAUAUAUUAGUAAAGAUUUGGAAUGAAAGUGGAUGGCUUUAUAAACUUGGAGUUGUAGACUAUGGUGGAGGAAUAGUAGUACAUGUACUUGGAGGUACAAUAGGAUUGGUUGGCACUAUCAUUCUUGGACCUAGACUUGGAAAGUUCGAUCCAGAGACAGGCAAGCCAUUGGUAUUGAGCGAGCAUAACAUUGUAUUAUCAAGCAUUGGAACAUUGUUGUUAUGGUUCAGCUGGUAUGGACAACAUCCAAUCUUGUUGGGCGUAGAUAUCAACAAGGGAAGAAUAGCAUCGAGAGGCGAGGUAUCGACAACACUCAGUGGAUCAAUCAGUAUGGUGACAUCAUUCGUCAUAACACUGGCAAUGACCAAGCGUUACGAUCUCAAGAUAUGCAUCAAUGGACUGCUGGCUGGCUUUGUGGCGGCCUCCUCUGCAUCAGGAUUCAUCGCACCAUAUUAUAGUAUCAUCAUUGGAGUGGUGGCAUCAUUCAUCUUUAUUGGAUUCUCCAAACUGUUGCUGCGAUACCAGAUUGAUGACCCAUGCCAAUCCACCUCUGUACACUUUGCAUGUGGCAUCUGGGGCGCCAUCUGUGUUGGUCUAUUCGCCUUAUUAUUCAUUCAAUUGAUUGGUGUAUCAGCUACUAUUAUAUGGUGUACAGUAUUAAGUUAUAUAGUAUUCAAGAUACUAAAGAAGUACUCAGUGUUGCGAGUCGACUCUGACAUUGAGUUGACAGGAUUUGACAAUGCACAUCAUGGAGGUGCUGCUUAUAACUAUAGA